CAGGGAGGUGAAAUGGAAGGUGAAGCAGUCGAAGCCAUUGUGGAGGAAUCUGAAACUUUUAUUAAGGGGAAAGAGCGAAAAACCUAUCAGAGACGCCGCGAGGGAGGGCAGGAGGACGAGGCUUGCCAUAUAGCACCCAACCAGGCAGACGGAGGGGAGGUGGUGCAGGAUGUCAACAGCGGUGUGCAGAUGGUGAUGAUGGAGCAGCUGGAUCCAACUCUUCUUCAAAUGAAGACUGAAGUAAUGGAAGGUGCCGUGCCUCAGGAAACGGAGGCUACGGUGGAUGACACGCAGAUCAUAACGCUUCAGGUUGUUAAUAUGGAAGAGCAGCCUAUAAACCUUGGAGAGCUUCAGCUGGUCCAAGUACCCGUUCCAGUGACUGUACCCGUUGCCACCACAUCUGUGGAAGAACUUCAGGGAGCUUAUGAAAAUGAGGUUUCCAAAGGAGGCCUGCAGGAGGGAGAGCCCAUGAUCUGUCACACCCUGCCUUUACCAGAAGGCUUCCAGGUCGUGAAGGUGGGUGCUAACGGUGAGGUGGAGACACUGGAACAAGGGGAACUUCAGCCACAAGAAGAUCCCAAUUGGCAAAAAGAUCCAGACUAUCAGCCACCAGCCAAAAAAACAAAGAAAAACAAAAAGAGUAAGCUUCGCUACACCGAGGAAGGCAAGGAUGUGGAUGUCUCUGUGUACGACUUUGAGGAGGAGCAGCAGGAGGGUUUAUUGUCUGAGGUCAAUGCAGAGAAGGUGGUGGGCAACAUGAAGCCACCUAAACCAACAAAAAUUAAAAAGAAAGGUGUAAAGAAGACAUUCCAGUGUGAACUGUGCAGUUACACUUGUCCACGCCGUUCCAACUUGGACCGCCACAUGAAAAGCCACACUGAUGAAAGACCACACAAGUGCCAUCUCUGUGGCAGGGCAUUUCGGACAGUCACGUUACUGAGGAACCACCUCAACACUCACACAGGUACUCGCCCUCACAAGUGCCCAGACUGUGACAUGGCCUUUGUGACCAGCGGGGAGUUGGUUCGGCACCGCCGUUACAAACACACCCACGAGAAGCCCUUCAAGUGCUCCAUGUGUGACUAUGCCAGUGUGGAGGUUAGCAAAUUGAAACGCCACAUCCGUUCUCACACUGGGGAGCGUCCGUUCCAGUGCAGCUUGUGCAGCUAUGCCAGCAGGGAUACCUACAAACUGAAGAGGCACAUGAGGACCCACUCUGGAGAGAAGCCAUAUGAAUGUUACAUCUGCCAUGCUCGCUUCACUCAAAGUGGUACCAUGAAGAUGCACAUUCUGCAGAAGCACACGGAGAACGUGGCCAAAUUUCACUGUCCUCACUGUGAUACUGUUAUAGCGAGAAAGAGUGACUUGGGUGUUCAUUUGCGAAAGCAGCAUUCCUACAUCGAACAGGGCAAGAAGUGUCGCUACUGCGACGCCGUGUUCCACGAGCGCUACGCCCUCAUACAGCAUCAAAAGUCUCACAAGAACGAGAAGCGCUUCAAGUGUGACCAGUGUGAUUAUGCGUGCAGACAGGAGCGGCACAUGGUCAUGCAUAAACGGACCCAUACUGGAGAAAAGCCUUAUGCCUGUAGCCAUUGUGAUAAAACCUUCCGUCAGAAACAGCUCCUUGAUAUGCACUUCAAACGAUACCACGAUCCCAACUUUGUCCCUGCUGCCUUUGUCUGUUCCAAGUGUGGUAAAACAUUCACUCGCAGGAACACAAUGGCCAGACAUGCUGAUAACUGUUCUGGCCUAGAUGGUGGAGAAGGAGAGAAUGGAGGAGAGACAAAGAAGGGCAAACGUGGCCGAAAGAGGAAGAUGCGCUCUAAGAAAGAGGAUUCCUCUGAUAGUGAGGAAAAUGCUGAGCCAGAUUUGGAUGAUAAUGAAGAUGAGGAGGAGACAGCAGUAGAAAUUGAGGCUGAACCAGAAGUUGAGCCAGAGGCUCCUGCACCACCUCCCAGUAAGAAGAGGAGAGGGAGGCCACCAGGCAAAGCUGCCACCCAAACAAAACAAUCCCAGCCUGCAGCAAUCAUUCAGGUUGAAGACCAGAACACUGGUGAAAUCGAAAACAUUAUAGUUGAAGUAAAGAAAGAACCUGAUGCAGAAACAGUAGAGGAAGAGGAGGAAGCUCAGCCUGCUGUAGUGGAAGCUCCAAAUGGAGACCUCACUCCUGAGAUGAUUCUCAGCAUGAUGGACCGGUGAUGGAGGAGGACCACGCCGGAUGACUGAACUGGCCUGGGCUGUGUUUAAGCGGCUCAAAUCUAUUUUCCUUUUACCUUUUUUCUUGGCUUUGGGAAAUGCAUCAUUUUAGACCAUUUUACCAAACAUACUGGGAAAUAAAACUUCAAAAUGAUGUUAGAAUGUGAUUUAACUAGAACUUGCUGUUUUAUGUUAGCAU